UCUCUCUCAUUCAGUUGGUCUCUUCCCCUCCCUCCUUUCUCACAUUGUACUCUCUCUCUCUUUCUCUCUCUCUCUCUCUCCAUUUGGAGCUCCUAGAUUCACUGCUGAGGUCUUCAGCUUUAGCUCUUCUGUGAUUUUUGAAGGACACAUCCAGGAUCUCGGCUGUAUCAGGAUGAACUCUAUAUUAACGGCCACCCAGAGCUCUGAAAAAGAGUUUGAGGAGCAACACAAGACAAACUGACACAGAUUGAGAGAGAGAGAAGAAGGGAUUUCUUUCCGAGAGGGAUUCCCCCACCCAGGGAAACGGAGGUGUGCUGGCAAACUGUCGAGUCAUGAACAGAAGCUGGAGAUAAAGAUGACAUCUGGAAGCAGCUGAAGCUGUCAGGCUUCAUGUCUCCAUCCUCCCCUGAGGGAGGACAAGAAGAUGAGUGUCACCAAUCAUCCCUCCAUCAACAUCCUGACCAUCAUCUUCCUCGUUCUGUCUACUACAGCUCUCUCUGCUCACUUUCGGGUGUGUGAGCCUUACACCGAUCACAAGGGGCGCUACCACUUUGGAUUUCACUGUCCUCGUCUCUCGGACAACAAGACGUACAUGUUCUGUUGCCACCAUAACAACACGGCCUUCAAGUACUGCUGCAACGAGACCGAGUUUCAAACAGUCAUGCAGGUCAACCUGACCACGUCUCCAGACGGCUACGCUCACAACAAUUACUCUGCAUUAAUCGGCGUGUGGAUCUACGGAUUCUUCGUCAUGGUGCUGCUAGCGCUUGAUUUUCUGUAUUACUCAGCCAUGAACUACGAGGUGUGCCGGGUUUAUUUGGAGAAGUGUGGGUUGGGUGGCCGUUGGCUGAAACAGGCCCGUGGUCAGUGGCACGGCGACGAGCAGGAGGAGAGGGACGUACGGCCCGCUCAACCCGCAGCUCCGUCAGAACCUCAAGAGCAACAUCAUGAACACAGCUGUGGUCAGAUCAGACACAGCCUGAUGGGAGACACACAGAACCCAGCACAGAUCGCGCACAACACCACAACAGCCUGAGACUGACGAAACGCAAGGACCAACGGUUGGAGUCCCCCGGUGAGGAAGUGCAUUGUGGGAAGCGUAGUACAUGCCCCUGCCACAUGGACCUACAUGUCACAGGGGCCCAUUGGCCCCAAGCCUUUUGAUGUGGCCAAAAAAUCUCACAGAGCACAACCUUCAACCCCUCGACAAACCCAGAACCUCAACUCAGAGCCAACUGGAAAUGGUCCAGUGGUGGUACAAGACAUUCUGAAGAGCAGCUUUAGCGAGAUUUGUGCAACUCCAGAACCAGACUUCAGACCAAACUGGACUUCGAGAGACACAGAACUCACCCAACACUUCUUUGGAGGACCUAUGUAGCCGUUUCUGCACCAUUUUGUGAGCGGUUCUGGAUUAAACUCUCUGUAACUGUG